AUGAUCCAGCAAUUCUCCCGCUUCGUCAAUACAGGCAGCGGUCUGGAAAAGUCUCUCCGCCUCAUUCAAUGCGUGUCGCAGGUCGUCGCAGCGCUCACUACGAGCACUGCACUGGCCGUGCAAUUGACGACCGUCAAGUUGCAAUUGGCCUUGACACGGAGAUAUUUCCGCUUCUUCGGAUUCAUUGACUCCUUCCAGCGUGUUUCUGCUUUGCUAGGCGGGGAUGGGUUCAGCUCGGUAGCCGGCCUAAUCGAGCUAGCAAAGUGGACUUGCUUUGGCCUGUACUUUGUUCUGGAAGAUCUGACUAUUCUCCACGCAAUAGGUGUCUAUGCUGUUCCCUGGAACGACCCUGUCAUGGACCAAGCCAACACUUUCUGGCUCUACGCUUUAUCUUUCUCAGUGGCUGGAGCUCUUUGGGAGCUACUUUUCGGAAACCCCAAGCAGCCCUCUAAGGUGGAAAAGAAGAGCGAGAAAGCUCAACCAGAGCAAGUCCCACCCGCUAAAGUGACUCCCGCCUCCACCCUUGUCAAGAAGGUCGUGGUUGAUGGAUGUGACUUGCUCAUUCCGUUGGAGCUUUUGAGAUGGUGGCCCACCGGAGAUGUGGUUAUUGGAUCGACCAUGGUGUUGAGCACACUACUCACUGCCCAAGAUAUCUGGGCAAAGCUGUGA